AUGUUACUCGACAAGCUGAAUAUUCUAAGUCGCUACUUGCAACCGCUUAAAGCUAUACAACCGCUGCAACGUUUAGCUGCCUACAGCGCAAGGCCAUUGACUACACGCAAUGCUGCAUUGGACCAGCAGCCUCAAGUAACUGAAAUUUCCGAAGAGGAAUGGGCGAACGCCAAGGAGUAUAAAGAAAUUCCUGGACCAUCCGCCAUUGGGCUAAUGUUAGACUUCUUACCAGGCGGUGAAUUGUACGGCGCAAACUUCUUGAAAAUGUAUCAAACACUACGUCAACGUCAUGGCGACAUAUUUCUCAUACGCGGCUCCUUCGGACGUAGUGAUUUAAUUUGUACAUAUAAUCCAGUUGAUUUCGAAAAGAUCUAUCGCACCGAAGGAGUUUGGCCGACACGUGAGGGUCUGAGUACCAUUAAAUACUAUCGGCAGGUGAAGAAUCCCGAGGCGUACGGUGGUAUAUGGGGUUUGGUGACUGA